AAAAGAAGGGGAGCUGAAAUCCCAAUGGAAACUGACGUAUCGGUGACGCAAAAGCUUCACAUGGCCAAUGGAGGUGCAGACCUUAAUGGUGGUGGCUUUGUGCUUUCUUGGUUGGGUAGCACUUUGUGAUUUUGUGGAGGAAUUGGGGUUUUGAGUGUGAGUUGGUGAAACUUUAACCGAAAGAAAAGGAGGAGGAAAUGCACAAGUACCCAACUCUCACUCAAAACCCCAAUUCACACACAAAUCAAUAUCACAAUGUGCAGCAGAACACAACCAUGAAGUUAUUGAGGCACGCAUUGGAGGUUGGGCCAUGGUCAAUUUGGUUAUCUGGGUUUUUCUUGAUUGCUCUCUCCUUACAUGCUAUUCAGUUGUUACCUUCCCUACAUAAUCAUAUCAACACGUCCGAAUUCACUCACAAUUUGGGCGCUCCAAGAAUCACCAUUUUUUCAGCUCCUGAUCCUUUUACUGCUCCUGCCUUUGCUCGGCAGACUCUAGCAGUUCGAUCAUGGCUUGCUGUGUCUCCACAGAUCACAGUGGUUCUCUUCAGCCAAGACCCUUCUGUUGUUUCCUUUGCUGGGAUGUAUGGUUCUAGAGUUGUGGUCGAGCCCAAUAUAGAUUUCACGUUCCUUGGUAUCCCAUUCUUCCAUUCCAUGGUAGCGAGAUCACGAGCAUUCACAACUGAUAUAUCUGUCUUCAUCAAUCCUGAAUCUAUUCUCCUGCCAGACUUCAUAUCCACCCUGAAUUUUGUGCACAAACUUGAUCAUGAUUGGCUUCUUUUGGCUUCCGCACGUAAUGUUUCCCACCUCCCGUUCUACUUGGAUGAGGAUGGGGUUUAUUUGGUGAGAGAUGAUGGAAAACAGAUGAGGACCCAUGAGUUGCAGGAGGUAAUUGAUCAGAAUUUUCGAUGGAAUCAUUGUGAUGAUAGAAUGCUCAUCGCAUGGAACAGUGGGGAUCUACCCUUGCAUAGUGGUGUACUUCCUCCUUUUCUGUACAGGAAAGGAAUUCACAACCGCUGGAUCAUAAAUGAGGCUAUUUUAUCCGGAUACAGGUUUGUGUUUGAUGCCAGUCUGACCAUCACAAGUUUAUACUUGGAUGAUCAGGCAUUUUUUUCUAAUCAGUCAUUCAGAGGAACUAGUCUUUUGGCUGCUGAGAAGAGAAACUGGGAGUAUAUUGGCAAUUUUCAUCUUGGGACCCUGUAUGGAUCGUCCUUUUUUCACGAGACCAAUUAUACUAGCCUUCUGAAACUUUCCAGGUGUAAAACCCAAUAUUUCUUUGUUGACACAGCAACCAUUGGGUACUCAAGUAUAUAUCGGAGGCCUAGCUCAUCAAGUGGCAGAAUUUUGCAUUUGUCUACGAAUAAGGAAACAAUGAAUUGUCUUGACGGUAUUGGAUUAAUGAGUGGCUUCGAUUGCUCCUUUAAAGAUCAAUUUAAACAGUUGCCUCCAUUACCUUUCCCACAUUCCUUGGAUUCACUCCUUCAAAUAACUGCGGACAGGCAUAAGACAAUUGUCCUUGGAAUAGCCGGAUAUAGCUACAGGGACAUGCUAAUGAGUUGGGUUUGCAGAUUGCGCCAUCUCUCCAUUAGAAAUUUUUUGGUUUGUGCUCUUGAUCGUGAAACUUACAAGUUCUCUGUCAUGCAGGGCCUGCCUGUCUUCAAUGAUCAUUCGGCUCCAAGUAACAUCAGUUUCAAUGACUGCCACUUUGGAACAGACUGUUUCCAAAGAGUUACCAAAGUGAAGUCCAGAAUUGUUUUGAAAAUACUGAAACUGGGGUAUAAUGUUCUUCUAAGUGAUGUAGAUAUAUAUUGGUUUGCAAAUCCAUUGCCGCUGCUUCAUUCUUUCGGCCCUGGUGUUCUAGCAGCGCAGUCUGAUGAAUAUAAUGAAACAGGUCCUAUAAACUUACCCAGGCGUUUGAACUCUGGCUUCUACUUUGCUCGUUCUGACAAUUUGACUAUUGCGGCUAUGGAGAAGGUGGUGAAGCAUGCAACAUCUUCAACCCUAUCUGAGCAGCCAAGCUUCUACGACACAUUAUGCGGAGAAGGUGGAUCCAACCGUGUUGGGGACAAUACAUGCUUGGAACCUGGAACAAAUCUGACUGUGCACUUUUUGAACAGAGAUCUCUUUCCUAAUGGAGCAUACUUAGGCUUGUGGCAGAAAAGGAAUAUUAAAGCGGCCUGUUCAAAGAAGGGUUGUCUUGUUCUUCAUAACAAUUGGAUUGGUGGAAGGAUUAAGAAGCUGGAACGUCAGCAGUUGUCAGGUCUAUGGGACUAUGACAUUAGUGAAAGGAUGUGCGUACAGAAUUGAACCCGGAUCAAAUUAGUCUUUGAUACCUAAUCGAUGAUUUCUUGUCAUUUAUCCAUCAUGACUUUGGUUUUUGUCUUAGAGACAAGAAACUAUCAGCAUUCCCUCCUAAAAUGGGUCACAUCUCUUGACUACAGUGAGCCUUGGUUUCAUCAGCACAUUCUGCAUUGUAAUACCUAGUUACAGCUAGCUGGCUCUUGAAAAACAAUAAGAUGAUCUCUAUGGCAAUGCAUUGUUAUAUUCGAAGACCUCAUAAAUCCAGUGCACCCUUAUUCUCCUCCUGUGGAUCAUAAUGAGAGAUUUUAAUAAGACGGUUACGGUUUCUGGUUGUUGCUAUGCUAAAGAGGUCGUCUUGAAUUUUAGGGAUUUCGAGGCAAAUUGAUCGAGAAAGCAGAAGGGGAAAGGAAUCAGGAAGAGCUUCUGUAUCAAUGGGUAUAUGCUUAUCAAAAAAAAAAUUUGUGAGGAUAGUUCACGCAGGUGGACAAAAGGAGCUCUAUCGGUCUGCAGUUCCUGCAUCUAUGCUGAUGGAAAAAUAUCCAGGGAUGUGUAUUGCUCGUCCAGAAGUCUUUAAAAGUCCUCACAAGUCCCUUCUUGGGCCAGAAGAGACUCUUCUGCCUGGGCACAAGUACUAUGUAAUACCAUCAAAUACUGCUCAGAAACUGAAACGUAAACACUCGAAAAACAAUGAAGUGAAAUCUCCUACAGAAGACAAAGAAAAUAUAUCAGAUGCGCUAAUAAGUUUGGACACUGGCAGGGGUCACUCAGAGGAUUUUAUAUUGUAUGCUAAAGAGUUCUAUACCUCCAGAGAGAGGUGGUUAAAUGGUUUAAGGAGAAGGAAUGGGAGAGAAAAGAAGCCUUUUGUACCUCCACUUCCAAGGGCAAGGAUGCCUAAAGAGUUGGGGUGGAUGCCCAGGCUUAGUUCUGUGCAAGAAGUCUCUCCAUGAGAGUUUCAUCCCAUGGUGGACCAUUAUGUAAUAUGGUAUGUUAGCUUUCUAAAAAUAGUACUUGUUUUUCUUCAUUUCCCAAGUGUUUUCUUUCCAUUACUUAUGUUAGAUAUUUUUUUUGAAAUGAGAAAUCUUCUGGAUGACUA